AUGUCUGCUUUUGCCCUCGCACCAAAGCCAGCCAGCUUGCUCGGCUAUCACCGUGUGCUAGCGCCCACUGCUGGCAUAAGGGAAGAUUUUAUGGGUGAAUGCAGCAAGCCGCAAUCCUUUGCGAUCCUUGAUGCCUUCUAUAAACUCGGUGGUAAUUUCCUUGACACGGCGAAUAACUAUCAGAAUGAGGAGUCCGAGGUUUGGCUGGGGGAGUGGAUGAAAGAACGAGGUAACCGCGAUCAAUUAGUCAUCGCAACGAAAUACACGACUGGAUUCCGCAACUCCCAUCGUGAUAGUGAACCGCUCCAAUCCAACUUCGUGGGCAAUUCGGUGAAAAGCAUGCGCAUCUCGGUCGAACACAGUCUCAAGAAACUCCAGACAGACUACAUCGACUUGCUAUACGUGCACUGGUGGGACUUCACCACGUCCGUUGAAGAGGUCAUGCGUGGCCUAAACGCUCUCGUUGUCUCGGGGAAGGUGCUCUAUCUCGGAAUCUCGAACACUCCGGCUUGGAUUGUUGUGAAAGCAAACGAUUAUGCGCGGGCCAAUGGGUUCUGCCCGUUCUCCGUGUACCAAGGGAAGUGGAAUGCCGGCUUCAGAGAUUUUGAAAGAGAGAUCAUUCCAAUGUGCCGUGACCAGGGAAUGGCAAUUGCGCCAUGGGCUCCCCUGGGACAAGGCAAGUUCAAGACUGCGGAAGCCCGUAGCAGCGGUGAAGCAGGCAGCGCAAGGGCAUCCAAUAUGAGCGACGGCGACAUCAAGAUCUCGGAGGCACUGGAGGCAAUUGCCAAGAAGAAGAACACUAGUCUUCAUGCCAUCGCGCUCGCAUAUGUCUUACACAAAACGCCAUAUGCCUUCCCUAUUAUCGGGCAGCGAAAAUUAGAACAACUGGAAGCCAACGUCGACGCCUUGAGCGUGGCACUCUCUGAUGAAGAUCUCGUUGAGAUUGAGAGCGCAGCUCCCUUUGACAUGGGAUUCCCGAUGAACUUCAUCUUCCGAAAUAACCGUUCGAACAAUACUGCCGCAGACGUCUUUCUGACUCAAGUAUCUGCUCACAUUGACGCGCCACCACACCCUUCGCCGGUCAGGCCUCGUUAA